AUGCCCAGUACCUAUCUCAUCAGCCGUGCACUCGAUCCGCUCUUCGCCCUCGGUGUUGGCAUCUGGGCGUAUGGCCUCUAUGAACGCGAACACCCACGUCGACCCAAUCACGCCCUGCAUGAGCUUCUUGUUCGGCGGUAUCCAGCAUUAGCAGCGACACGGGACAAGCUUGUUGGAUUGUGGCCACAGCAGCUCUCUUCCAGCCCUCAAGCAAGAGUGGAUGCUCAACAGCAGCCGCAUGAACAGCGAGCAGAACAUGGGAAACUCAUGCCUUCUGAAGAUGGCACACCUGUUGGCUUGGAAAAGGCUCGACGUUGA